UUCAAGUACUUCAUUGCACUCGGCGCGGUCUGUGUCAGUAUGGUGCCACAGUACUAUAGCAACCGUGAAGUGGAUUCACCAACAAGAAAGGGGCCUGGACAGAGUUUGUGAAUGGAAAUCAUAUUUACAUCUCUUACAGUCUGAAGGUUGGCUCCUCUCUGAGCAGAUCAGUCUGACAAACAUGGAUGGUGAUGGUGGAAGCAAUGAUGUGCAGGCAGAGCUGGACUCAGUGGAGGCAGAGCUGGAGUUAGUGGAGCUGCAGAUCACAGAGCUCCUACAGAAGCAGGCCGAGCUGACUACUCGUAAAAAUGCACUCCUGCAGCAGCUGGAGGAGGCCUGUGAUGCUGCCCAGCCGUCAUCCUCUUCAUCCUCAUCUUCCUCAAAGUCAUCUGGAGCUGAUUCAGUAAUGAGCAAGAAGGAGAUGCAGCUCUAUGAUGGCACAGAUUUUCCAUGGUCCAAAGAAGUGGAGCGUCACCUGAAGGACACAUUCCAUCUCUCCACGUUCAGACCACUGCAGCUGAGGGCCAUCAACCUGACCAUGUCAGGAAAAGAUCUGUACUUGGUGAUGCCUACAGGAAGAGGAAAAAGCCUCUGCUACCAGCUGCCUGCAGUCUGCUCCAAUGGUUUUACACUGGUUGUCAGUCCCCUGGUGUCCCUGAUUGAGGACCAGAUCAUGUGCUUGACGUCCAUCAAUGUGUCAGCAGUCAUGCUGAAUGCAUCCAGUAGCAAGGAGCACGCCAAGACCGUCAUGAAUGGAUUGACUGAUCCAAAGGCCCCCUUUAAGCUGGUGUACGUGACUCCAGAGAAGAUCGCCAAGAGCAAGCUGCUCAUGUCUCGUCUGGAGAAAGCCUACAACGCAAACCGUCUGAGUCGCAUCGCUGUGGACGAGGUGCAUUGCUGCAGCCAGUGGGGACAUGACUUCAGACCAGAUUAUAAACUGCUUGGCAUCCUGAAGAGGCAGUUCCCCAAAGUCCCGCUGCUUGGCCUCACAGCCACCGCCACCAGCAGCGUCCUCAAGGACUGUGAGAAGAUCCUGUGUGUGCAAAAGCCAAUCACACUCUCUGCGUCCUUCAACCGAACUAACCUCUACUACGAGGUUCGUGUUAAAGAUUCUAACUAUGAUGUAUCAGUAAGUGACAUUGCCUCUCUGAUCAAGAACAGAUACAAGGACCAGUCAGGGAUCGUGUAUGUGUUCUCUCAGAAGGAUGCAGAGUCAGUGUCAUCUGAACUCCAGAAGAGAGACAUCCUUGCCUAUCCCUACCACGCUAACAUGGAUCCUAAUGAUAAGUCUCGUGUUCACCGCAAAUGGACCAACAACAAAAUCCAGGUGGUGGUUGCCACAGUGGCAUUUGGCAUGGGCAUCGACAAGCCUGACGUCCGGUUUGUCAUCCACCACACCAUCAGCAAGUCCAUCGAGAACUACUACCAAGAGAGUGGACGCGCAGGACGAGACGACCGCCAAGCAGACUGUGUCGUCUACUUUGGUUUCUCUGAUAUCUUCCGGAUCAGCACCAUGGUGGUGAUGGAGAACGUCGGUCAGCAGAAGCUGCUGCAGAUGGUUGACUACUGCCAAAACAUUGACAGGUGUCGACGCUCUCUCAUGGCUGUUCAUUUUGAUGAGGUGUGGGACGAUGAAGGAUGCAACCAGAUGUGUGAUACUUGCCGCCAUGCAAAAGACUCCACCACCGUGGACAUUACCGAGCAUGCCAAGCAGGUGGUGCAGAUCCUGGAGUUAGCAGGGUCAAUGGAUGAGAAGCUGACUCCUCUGAAGCUGGUUGAGGCCUGGAUGGGGAAAGGCCCAGCCAAGCGCAGGAAGAUGAUCCAGACCACUACACUGUCUCGACUGCAGGCAGAAGCUGUGAUAAUUCAGCUGCUGCUGAAGGGGUACCUCAGAGAGGAUUUCAGCUUCACUCCAUACACCACCUACUUUUACAUGAAGCUUGGCCGCAAAGCUCCUCUGCUGAAGAACCAGACUCACACACUCAGUAUGAAGAUGAGGACAACAGGGGCUGGAUCUGCUGUGCACACAUCAGCCGGUGAGGAGGGGAUUGAUGUGACCUUUGACCCCACUGGCAUGGACAACAGCUGUCCCCCACAUCCCAAACAGAAACUGAUUAAAGAACAGAGGAACCUGUCCAGGAAACAAGACCUGAAGCCAGUCAGCCAGACAGACAAACAGACAGAGCAAGCAGAAAAACUGCAGACAGACAGACAUGGAGAGGAAGAGCAGGAUAAAAGGAGGGCCUGCAUGCCUCAACAUGAAAUUGAGGUUGAUGUUGAAAUAAACAUUAUAGAAAACAGUGAUGGUCAGAAAACACCAUCGCAUCCAGCUAAACUUUGUUCUAAACGUAAAUCCACCACUCCUCAGAGAGUGAGGAGGAAACCCCGUGCUGGUGCAGCGGAAGCAGCAGUUUCCUCCCCAUCCCCAGGUGGUGACACAGCCACCAACACUGUGCCUGGCUCUCCAUCACACUCCUCCAUCAUCUCUGAGACUGCAGCCGAGGAGCUCUGUGACCUGAGGAACUACUACAGCAAACAGCUGAGGAGAAUAAACUACAUUUCCCAUGAAUACCUGGGGCAGCCCUCAGAAUCAGGAGUACUGGCAUGUAUCAGGGAGCCUCUUAGGAGCCUCCGCCUGCCCCGCAGGGUUACCAUCGCCCAGACGGCUCGCAGCCUGUGGACACGAGUCAGUGGCAGGAGGAAGCUGGUCCAUCGGUGACACCAUAGUUUGGAGUGCAGUCAGCUGCAGUUAGAAUUAAUGUUCAUUAUCAAGAAAUAUUUGGUGCUGCUGUUGUACUGUAAUCACAAAGGUUUUAUCUGCUGCCCCAGUUAAAGAAGCCACUAUUAAUGGGAUUUAAAAUGCCAGACUUUGGAGUUACCCGGUGGUUGUAUGUUAUAAGAUAUUGAACCCCAUCAUGGUACAUAUCGGACCUGGGGACAUAAAGAUAAAUGGACUGAAAGCAACACAAAACAUGAUUGUUUUAUUUUUCUACAAACAAAAAUAUAUGCUGUAAGAAAACUUUGAAAGAUGCUGAAAUAGGAAAUCUUAAAAAAAUUUAAAUGCCCUUCAUAGGUUUAUAAACAUUUUUCAUAAUUCAUACCUCAGCUGCUGUUCUGCAAAUUGAUGAAUGUGUUCAUAAAUAUAAUAUGAAGUUCUGGACCCUGAUUUAAACUUGCACUUCUCUUUUCUAUAAUCUUUGUUAUUAGAAAAUCUGUUCUUAUUAACUGCAUCCCAAAAAGGGAAAAGAUCAUGAUUGCAGAUUUAGAUUGAUUUGGGGCAUUUAAAGGAACUUGGAUGAAUUCACAUAGAUGCAGUGGAGUUAUGUUAUGUUUUCCUGCUACUACAUACGCAUCUGAAAAUCACAUGUCCAUUGAGGAAAAUCCGAAUCCCAAAGGAAGAAAUGUAUGUAUUUUGUUUCAUAGUGGCACCUGCUGCCUGCAUACCAUAAACCCUGCUGGUUCUCUGUAAACAUUUCUUUUUAAAGUUUGUGUCAAACCAGCAGCUAAUGCUACAGCCGGUAAAAAAUGCAGUUCUCCUAAUGGCCACAUGAGGCUGGCUCCAAAUGCGAGUCAAUCCCAUAGACCCCCAUGUUAAAAUGCCCAACUUUACAGCAGAAAUAAACAUGUUCACAGCCUGGUAUAAAAAACAAUUUUGGUCUCCAUAGCUAAUAUCUACAAUUUCAAGACAUCUGUAUGAAGGGUGAAUUUUCAUAUAACUCACCUGUUUUCAAUCUUAUGGAUUAAAGUUAUGCAUAAUCAAGGAGGUGACAGGUGGAUGUAGUCCAUUGUCAAGUUGCUACCACUGUGACAACCUUGUAGCUGUCCCUAUUUCAUUGUGUUUUCAGUUUAUAAAAGCUAAUUGUAACACGACUAAAAAAAGUCUUGCCCAGUGUUAGGUUGUAUUAACAGACCUUUAAAACCAUUAAAACAAAAUGUACUUACUGGAAAUUGAAUAAAUUAUCACUGUUAACCAUAACCAUAAAUGCACUGUAGUUACUAAGCUAGCAGCUAAUGUUAAGGUUAGCUUCACCCUCUUAUUUAAAUAUGGUCACAUCUGGCUCCCAAAAAACAAACCCAAUAUGACGAUGGCCAAAAUGCCAAAGUUAGUGUGUGUUAGUUUCAUAAUGCCAUUCCUUAGAUGUCUUUUGUGUGUUGACUACCUGUUGAACUGUCAGAUCUCUAUUUGGUAAACUCCUCUGUCCAAGUUUUGUUACAUUUUUGUUAUUAUUUUUCAUUUCUAACAGCAGUGUGAGUUACAGCUGAGGGAAAUGUGACCUGUAAAUAAAACUGCACAAGGUUUCUAAACUCUG